AUGACCACUACCCCUGGCUUGUAUGUCAUAGGCGAUUUUCCACAUGGAAGUGUUGGGAAAUCGCUUGAAAAGAGCUGCAAACCUAAGCCGUGCUGGGGGAUUCCGCGCGGUGAUCUUGAAUUUAAAGGAGCUUUCGACGAAGCCUCCGGUAGUCUUGUCAGAGCUGGGGGAAGAUUCGCCGCGCUGAUUCAACUUUACGAUGGGGCGCUCAAGGGUGCUCGGAGCAAAGUUGAUCGGAUGAAGGCCGACCUGGUUGACAAUCUUGGUGAUGACACAGCUGCGGCCAAGCUCCGGGAGGAAAAGAUUGUUCUUGAAAAGAAAGUUGAAGCUCUUAAGGGUGAGGCUGUGAAGGCUUCUAACCUCAAGAUUGAGAACGACCAACUGCGGAACAAGGUAACAGAGUUGGAGGAUAGGGUACGUCGAGAUGCGAAGAAUUCAGCUGCCGAGAUGACUCGUCUUCGCAGGUCCCGGAAGAAAUGGGCCGAAUUGACGGCUGCUCAGGUGUACGAAUCGAUGGAUAAUUGGUACACUCCAAGGUUGGACAGUAUAGGCAAAUAUGUUGGCCAGCGGGAUGCGGUAGAGAAGGCGGUGGUUAAGAUCCAAGUCAACGAGGCUCUUCUUUCCUAUUUCAGAAAAAUUAAGGGGGUCGAGCAAGAUUUCGAUGCGGUGGAAAAGAUGCUCAAAGCCCGGUUGAGAGAGAGCAAAGCUGCUGGGGAUUUGGUCGAGGACGACGAGAUUGGUGCUAACGAUUACGCUCCGCCUUUAAGGUUAGAUCUUCGUUUUCAUCUUGCUGGCUUUUGCUUUGAUAACACGUGGGUUAUUCCGCGGAAUUUUGAUCAAUAUAGGUCAAUAUAUCGAACUUUCAGGCCUACCCUUGCAGAAUUGGCGUUUCCGGGGUCUCCACCGCGUAAUCGAUCGAAGUAG